GUUUAACAUCAAUAUCUUCCUAUCAUUCCAGAUGUCUUCAUUCCCUAUUUCAUAAGUUAAUUACUAUUUCUCUUGUGAGUGUAAUAUAUACGUCAAGUAUUUAAAAUCCAAAACUAUUUUUAAAAUUUGCGACGAGGUCCACUCACCGACGCGUGGAGAUAAUUGGAAACAUAGAAUUUGAUCAACAUUUACAUUUAUUUAUCGAAGAUUCUGCAUUUAGUUUUUGUUUUAUCGAUCAGAACAACGACCCCCCUGCAGUGCCCCUACAGUCGCUCCGCAAUGAACUUGUGACGUACACCGUAAAUUCACACACACACACACGAGGGGAUAAUAUGGUUUUAUCUCGCGCAGAAUGAAGCUGGGAUUCUUAAAACGAAUCGGAUAUGGGAUUUUAAUAAUUUCAGGUCUGACGAUACUUUUCCAAGUGACAGUACUGAAGAAACACCGCUCCAAUGACGUUGUUUCCUUUCGAGCACGAGACAUUUCCCACAGACAGUACGGAUGGAAUCGUAAUAUAAUGGAAUCACAGCACGACGGUUUAUCUCAGUUAUCCGGAACCAGGGGAGAGGUGGUGGUCCAGAAACCUAACAAAACAUUAUAUUUUUCAUCAGUGGAGAGGGAAGACUCCAGAGGGAGUCCAUACUAUGGGCAGAGACGGAUAUCAUACCAAGACUUCCUUAACCAGCCAUCAGUAGAUCUGACAAAACUUCGGUCGAACUGGAGAGCAGACGCCCGUAUCAUUCAAAACGCCAGCAACAAGAAACGCUAUUUAACGAUUGGCAUACCGACAGUGAAGCGAGAGAAGGAUGAGUAUAUUUUGAAUACCGUCCAGUCCAUCGUGAACUGCACGCGGAAGGAGGAACUACAGGAGAUCUACAUCGUUGUCUUCCUUGCCGAUUUUGACGAGGACUGGAAGGCCAACAUCAGUAAACAUCUGCGACAGCAGUUUGGCGAUAUCAUUUCCAUGGGAACGCUGCACGUGAUCCAAGCAUGGGAUUCAUUUUAUCCGCCAUUGGAUAAUUUAAAACAUACAUUUGUCGACCCAGAGACGAAAAAGAAAUGGCGGGCUAAACAAAAUGUCGACUACGCGUUUUUGUUUAUGUAUAGUCAGGUUCUUGCCACGUACUAUAUACAAAUGGAGGAUGAUAUAUAUACCGUACCGGGUUAUUUUAAAGUUAUAAAAGACUACGUCAAGAAGUUCAAGGAGCGCUGGGUGUGUUUAGAAUUCUCCGAAUUAGGAUUCAUUGGAAAAUUAUACCACUCCGAGGACAUCGACAAACUGGCCAAAAUGGUCUUGUUGUUUUACGCACAGCAACCGUGUGACGUCACGUAUUUGAAUUUCAAUGUUCAGAUGUUGCAGUUUAAGCGACACAUUCGUCGGCCGACGAUAUUUGAACAUGUCGGCUAUCAUUCGUCACUUCCGGGGAAAAUACAACCCCUUAAGGAUCGUUUCUUUGAGGAACAUCAAAAAUCGAUAAAGGGUGACAACCCACCCGCGAAAUUGUACACCAGUUUGCCAUUUGAGGGAUAUUUCAACCCUGACAAAGCCUACCGUAGAGAGGAAGGGAUUUUCUGGAGUUCUAAAAAUGGCCGAGCAAACGAUUGGUUCUCCGUUGUAUUCGAUGAACCUCAGUUGUUAAGCAAAAUAGUUAUCCAUACCGGAAUAAAAUCUCACCCUGGUGAUAAAAUACAUUUUGCAAAACUGGAGGCAAGUCUUGCGUCGACGCCCAGGGGCCCCGGCAAACCCGAGUGUAGCCGGAAUAAACUGCUAGGGUAUUUUGAAGAUGGCGACAUAGAACUGAAUGAAGUUCGGUCUAUCACAGGAGAAGAAAAAAUUCACUGUUUGAAUAUCAUCAUCACCAACAAACAGGAAACUUGGGUGAUAGUUAGGGAGAUAGCGGUGUUUACUGUACACCACGAAAUCAAGCAGACAACAAAAAAUCUGGGUGAUAGUUAGGGAGAUAGCGGUGUUUACUGCACAACACGAAAUCAAAAAGACGUCUUAAGCAUUGCAGAAUGUGUUAUCCUGAGCACAAAACAAAAGGAUGAGUCAAUGUGAAAUUCUCUGUAACGAAUGUCACAUGUGAACGUGCCGUUCUAAAAUCAAAUUGAAUGUUUGUAUGUGUGUAGGUCAUGAGAGUUAUUUAUCGUGUGUAGGUCACGAGUUAUCGUGUGUAGGUCACGAGAGUUAGUUAUCGUGUGUAGGUCACGAGAGUUAGUUAUCGUGUGUAGGUCACGAGAGUUAGUUAUCAUGUGUAGGUCACGAGAGUUAGUUAUCAUGUGUAGGUCACGAGAGUUAGUUAUCAUGUGUAGGUCACGAGAGUUAGUUAUCAUGUGUAGGUCACGAGAGUUAGUUAUCGUGUGUAGGUCACGAGAGUUAGUUAUCGUGUGUAGGUUACGAGAGUUAGUUAUCAUGUGUAAGUCACGAGAGUUAGUUAUCAUGUGUAAGUCACGAGAGUUAGUUAUCGUGUGUAGGUCACGAGAGUUAGUUAUCGUGUGUAGGUCACGAGAGUUAGUUAUCGUGUGUAGGUUACGAGAGUUAGUUAUCAUGUGUAAGUCACGAGAGUUAGUUAUCGUGUGUACAUCACGAGAGUUAGUUAUCGUGUGUAGGUCACGAGAGUUAGUUAUCAUGUGUAGGUCACGAGAGUUAGUUAUCGUGUGUAGGUCACGAGUUAUCGUGUGUAGGUCACGAGAGUUAGUUAUCGUGUGUAGGUCACGAGUUAUCGUGUGUAGGUCACGAGAGUUAGUUAUCGUGUGUAGGUCACGAGAGUUAGUUAUCGUGUGUAGGUCACGAGAGUUAGUUAUCGUGUGUAGGUCACGAGAGUUAGUUAUCGUGUGUAGGUCACGAGAGUUAGUUAUCGUGUGUAGGUCACGAGUUAUCGUGUGUAGGUCACGAGAGUUAGUUAUCGUGUGUAGGUCACGAGAGUUAGUUAUCAUGUGUAGGUCACGAGAGUUAGUUAUCAUGUGUAAGUCACGAGAGUUAGUUAUCGUGUGUAAGUCACGAGAGUUAGUUAUCGUGUGUAGGUCACGAGAGUUAGUUAUCGUGUGUAGGUCACGAGAGUUAGUUAUCGUGUGUAGGUUACGAGAGUUAGUUAUCGUGUGUAGGUCACGAGAGUUAGUUAUCGUGUGUAGGUCACGAGAGUUAGUUAUCGUGUGUAGGUCACGAGAGUUAGUUAUCGUGUGUAGGUCACGAGAGUUAGUUAUCGUGUGUAGGUCACGAGAGUUAGUUAUCGUGUGUAGGUCACGAGAGUUAGUUAUCGUGUGUAGGUCACGAGAGUUAGUUAUCGUGUGUAGGUCACGAGAGUUAGUUAUCGUGUGUAGGUCACGAGAGUUAGUUAUCGUGUGUAGGUCACGAGAGUUAGUUAUCGUGUUUGUUGAUAGUUUUGUAAAAGCAAUAUUUCUAGCUUCACGAAUUUUAUGAGAAAUUUGUCUACGAGUGAAGAGUGUGAUGUUCAGGUGUGAGAUAUUUGUUAAUUCUUUACUGUAGUUUAUAUUGAUGAAUAUUUUUUUUUACGUCUGUACUGUCGUUCAUAUUUGUGAGAGUUUUUAUUGGUGAGUGCUUUUAUUGGUGAGAGGAGUGUUUUUAUUGGUGAGUGUAUUUUUAAGAUGUACAAUAUGCGCCAUUUAUAAACUUUAUUUUCUACAAUGAUUUUUUAAAGAAACUGUUUGAACUCAUUUGUUCUUGUAGAAAUGGAUAGCAUUAAUUUUUCCUUACUUUUUAUCUUUCAUUUUAGUGUAUUAUUAUCAUUUUGAAAAAGUACAAAAAUUGUCCAUGUCGUCCAAAUGUUUUGUGAACCGAAGGUUAUAUGAACAAGGUCAAGUUUUUUCAAUUAUUUUUGAAAUGCCUGAAUUUUUAGAUGCUGAUACAAAAAUAUUAUAUUUCCUACAAACAAUGGUUGCUGAACACCGGAAGUUGUGUGAUGGCUCUGACGUCAUGUUGAUUGGGCAGGAUUUCAGAGCUGAGAUAGAAGCUAUUUUUAAUCUUCUACAAUUUGUUUUGUUCUCGUGCACUUUUUUUAUAUAUAUAAAUGUUACAGAUUUAAACAUGCGCACGGUUUUUGUUACGAAAUAUCCCUUUCAGAUUGAAACAAACCGGGAGAUAUAGGUUCAGUGUUUUUCCUGUACAAAGUCAAUCUCUCACCAGAGGGCGUAUUACUCUACGCGACAAUCUCUCACCAGAGGGCGUAUUACGCUACGCGACAACACCUCUGUCAACGUCUGAAUGUCAAGAUUCUUGGCAAAACUUAUUUCUACCUAUUGCAUUUUAAAGUAUGAUUUUACAAGUUUUAGUGUUAAGCUUAAAAUCUUACAGUAAGUUCACAAAAACAACGAAUUUCAUGAUUAUUCUAGUAUUAUUGGAUGAAUGAAUAUUUAUAUAAAACCAUUUAAUUCGCUCAGGUGUCUCAUAUUUACCAGCUUCUGCGUUUAUAAAAUUCAGACAUGUGUUUGAUUUGCUUAGAUAUUAUCAUUACAGUUUGAUAUGCUAAGUUAGUUUUAGUACGUUUUGAUAAGAUUUUUAGACGUUGACAGAGGUAUUAGUGGAGCAUAGCGGGAACGAUAACUCUGGGUAGAGAUUGGUACAAAGUGCGUUUGUAUAUUGUAAUGCUGUGUUAUAGUAACCGGUGUUGUAGCAUAGACUUUCCCCUCGGUAAAACGGGCCCGGGAUAGAUUCCCCCCAUAGGUGGAGAAAGUGCCCCAGCAUAUAAAUUCCCCCUAUGUACAAAGUCAGUAUAGAGUUUCUCCAUGGCGGAAAAACCGCCCUGGUAAGAAUUUUCCCUCUUCCUGUUUCCGGAUUUCAUUUGUCAUAGUUUACUGAAAUAGAUAUCCGCCCAUCAUUGAUAUUACGAUAUUCAUGAAAUGAACGAUUUUUUGUUGUUGAGAUGCUGAAGUUGGGUUUACACACUGAAAACUUUGAAUUGCAUAUAUAGUAAAAACAAUAUGCUUCUCAAAAUACCUUAAUGAUGGUCAUUAUCAUUAGGAUUUGUCGAAAAAAAUCAACUAAAAGAUGUACAAUUAAAAUAUCUGAAAAGUAAAAUAGAUGCACUGUAUAGAUUAAAGUGAUUUGAUUUUCCCGUUUAUCUAAAUUCGAACUUUUGAAUUAACAAAUCAGUAACUUCUUCCCAACUUCACUAUUUCAAAUGUUAGAUAUUGGUAAAUAACAGCAAAGACUUGAGAUGUCUGAAUGAAUUUUGAUAUACCAUUACACGUAUUGAAUAAUUUUCUUUUUUAAAAGAAACAUAAGAUGAUAAUUGUGAUACACAAGACCCUGCUUAAAAUUAAAGAAUGAGAAGAAUUCCUGAGUGUAGAAAAGCAGGAGAAUUCUAGUAUUAGAACUGGAAACGGAUACAUAGCUAAAAUGUAAGAAAAUGUAAGAAGGGGUCUUUUAGGGGGAAAUUCUACACUAGGACGGUUUUUCCAAGGGGGAAUUGAGCCCGGGUUAAUUCUUCCUUGGAGAAAAUUCUAUGCCAGGCCCAUCUUUCCGGGGGAAUAUCUAUCCCGGGCCCGUUGUUUUUUUUAAACUUUUAAUUCAUUAUUUACUGAUUAUAACGGUAUGGUGAUAGGUCGGCGUUUGAUAACACUGGGGAUUGCGUUUGUGAUUAUCAACACAUUACUGAAUGAUCAAAGUCUUAAGGAUAACAAGAAUAUAAGAUCUGUAACCUAAAGAGGAAACAUGAACGUACAUCACACUGCGCAGAGUCAACUGACUGAUCAAGUAUAUUAUUAAUUAUUCUAGUAUUAUUGGUCUAAGAUAUUGUUACCUAACACUCAGGCGGCUGUUACAUUUCAUCCCCUAGAACCUCCUACCAUCCAAUCAUCACUCCCUUGGGUGUUACAUUUUAUCCCCCGGAACCUCUUUUCUCCCAAUCAUCACUCCGAUGCACCUAGAACGAUUCUGAUUGCAAGUUUUUAGUCAUAAAACAUUUCCUUGUAUGUUUCAUUUCGAUUGAUCGAGAACACUUAUGCCUGUUGCAUGUAAAUGUAUAUUUCAAUAGAGUUAACAUCAGCUGAGGGAAGUUCACUAUAAACACCAACAAACAAAAUUCAAAAUCAGACCGCCUGCCAUUGUAUUGUGAGAGAGAGACAGUCUGCCAUUGUAUUGUGAGAGAGAGACAGCCUGCCAUGGUAUUGUGAGAGAGACAGUCUGCCAUUGUAUUGUGAGAGAAACAACCUGCCAUGGUAUUGUGAGAGAGAGACAGUCUGCCAUGGUAUUGUGAGAGAGAGACAGUCUGCCAUUGUAUUGUGAGAGAGAGACAGCCUGCCAUUGUAUUGUGAGAGAGAGACAGUCUGCCAUUGUAUUGUGAGAGAGAGAGACAGCCUACCAUUGUAUUGUGAGAGAGAGACAGCCUGCCAUGGUAUUGUGAGAGAGAGACAACCUGCCAUGGUAUUGUGAGAGAGAGAGAGAGAGAGAGACAGCCUGCCAUUGUAUUGUGAGAGAGAGACAGCCUGCCAUUGUAUUGUGAGAGAGAGACAGCCUGCCAUUGUAUUGUGAGAGAGAGACAGCCUGCCAUUGUAUUGUGAGAGAGAGACAGCCUGCCAUGGUAUUGUGAGAGAGAGGCAGCCUGCCAUGGUAUUGUGAGAGAGAGACAACCUGCCAUUGUAUUGUGAGAGAGAGACAACCUGCCAUGGUAUUGUGAGAGAGAGACAGCCUGCCAUUGUAUUGUGAGAGAGAGACAGCCUGCCAUUGUAUUGUGAGAGAGAGACAACCUGCCAUGGUAUUGUGAGAGAGAGACAGCCUGCCAUGGUAUUGUGAGAGAGAGACAGGCCCCAUGUUAGUAACCAUGGUAACAGGGUUUUUCAAAUUCUUCUUUAUUAAUUUUUUUUACUUUUUCAACAGAAACUCAGCAAGCUUCAUGUCUUGAAAAUUAAAAAAAAAUAUAUAUAUAAAGAAAAUCGAGUUUGAGAAAAAACCUGUUAGUGAUUCGCUUAGGAUAUUUAUGCUUGUAUACCGGUAUGUUAGUUUAUGUACGAAUGUAACAGCAUAGAUACCGGCAUGAAUACAUCGGUUUAACCGUAUAUAUAAACCUGUAACCGUGACGUAAUGACAUGUAUAUACCGUUAUAUCUAUUGCUAUGUGGAAUAUGUAUUGAUUUAGCCGGUAUCGGUAUAACCGUUCAUGUGCCAUUGUAACGUAUAUGCACCGGUAUAACGGCUUUAAUUUCAGUUCCUGGUAUUCUAAGAUGGUAUCUUGUUGCUUCCUGUUGAGAAGACUAAAGCAAAUGUUUUUAAUUCAAACAAUGUAUUGUGUGAACGUACGUGUUUAUGUACGUGUGUGUGCAUGAAGAGAGAGAGAGAGAGAGAGAGAGAGAGAGAGAGAGAGGUUAGCUUUACCGGUGAUUGCGCUAUACCGAUUUUUUAUUUGUUGAUAUAAACUUUUACGAUUUGUCUUGCCAAACUACUGAUUGUUACAACUACUGAUUGUUAUAACUACUAAUUGUUAGAACUCUGAGUUCAUGUCAAAGUUUAUUGAUUAUUUCAAAACCGAUAUGUUUAUUCGGACCUAGUCAAACCAGUGCUUUAGUUACAUAUACUUUUAUCAUUUUGAAGACAUUCCUAUAUAUCCUGUCUUUAUUGACUAGAAAAGAAAUCAAACAAUAAAAUUGUAUGUGACGUU